AUGAAUGCCAACGCACAGGAUCAACAAAAUUUGGAAGGAACGAAAAAAACCGAACAAGAAGAAAAAAUCAAGAUUGAGCAGCAAACACACUGUUUGUGCGGAAGUAGUGAUGAGUCGUCAUUUAUGAUAUGUUGCGAUCAUUGCGGUGUUUGGUAUCAUGGAGCAUGCCUGCAGGUUACUCGAACCCAGGCAAAUCGUAUCGAGACGUAUGCGUGCCCUCCUUGCAUUAGCAAAGACAGCAGUUUAAAAAUCGUGUACCGCGCCUCGAAGAGGGAACGAGAAAAGAGUGUCCAUCGCGAGAAGCAGUGCAAGUCAAAAGGAGCUAGAACCGAUAUCAAAACUCAAAGCGGAUUAAGACGUUCUUCGAAAGAUGACCAUGGUUUGAAUGUCGGCAAUCAUGUAGAUCGAUUUUUUAGUGUAAAGACAGCAUGA